AUGAGCGGCCUCCCCAACGACCUGGACAUCUAUGGCGAGCAGCCCCGCCGCUUCCUGAUCAUCGGUGGCGGCAUUGCCGGCCUCACCCUCGCCGUCGCCAUCAAGCGUGUUGCUCAAAUCACCCGCCUCCCGCUCCAACCCAUCAUCUUUGAGGCCAAGCAAACCUACGACUACGACAUCCACGCUCACCACACUCUGUGGCGGUGGGCCGUCGAGCUGCUGAUCGAGCUGGGUCUUGGCAAGAAGCUCGGCAAGAUAUCGUCACCGAUCCUCAACUACGUCUCCGAUGACGCCGAAACCAAUGUCGAGCUCGUCCGCUGGCCGCCCACCGUCGACACCCCACACAGCCCGCUGCCGGACGAGGCCGACCUCGGCAACCUCAAGGUCCCGCCCAUGUUGGCCCUGCGAAAGAUCGACCUGGUCCGUCUGCUUAUGAUGGCCUUCUCGGGCAAGUUUGACGACGAGCUCGAGGGCGACCUCCGUGUCGAGGCCGCCAACAACAGCGACCUGGUCACCCACGCCGCCGAGGGCGUCGACGCUGACCUGGCUGCCGACGGCUGGUUCGAAGGCGAGGGCUGGGAGUUCCUCUUGCCUGAUUUGCGCCUAGACCACGAGCUGGCCUCCUACAUGAUCUCGCCCUCCACGGGCUUUGUCACCGCCAGCUUCACCAACGGCUCGGUCGAAACCGGCACGAUGCUCAUCGGCGCCGACGGCAUCCACUCCAAGGUCCGCAGUCUCAUGUCGGGCGGUCGCCUCAACCCCCACCACGCCGGCGCCUGCAUCUUCAGCGGCAUCACUCGUAUCCACAUGCCUCCCGUUGACACCCCCGACGAGCUCGAGGACGGCCGACAGAUCCCCGACCUGAAGAAGGAGGACGUUGCAAAGUUCUGUGGCGACGGCGUCUCGCACUCAGUUGUCGGCAAGGGCGUCUCCUUUGGCUCCGUCAACAUCGGCAACGGUAUGAUCGGCUGGAACAUGAUCGUCUCGCAGCAGGAUCCUCAGCAGCACGUUGGUCGCUUUACCAUGGCCAAGCGCCGCCAGCUCGUCGGCGCCGUCAUGGCCGCUGCCCCGCGUGCCUCGGUCAUCGUGCCCCCCUCGACGCCACCCCCAGACAUCACCGACGUCGAGACCGACGUCACCAACCCCGAGGACAAGUGGAUGACCACCCGGAACUCGGGUCCUCGCCUCAGGUCGCCGCUGUCAUCGUCGUCGUACACCGUCUUUGACGAGCCUGAGGAGCUUGGCCCCGAUGACGCCCCCGAACCUGCGUCGCCGCCCGCGUCGACCCGCUCGCGAUCCUCGGCCAACUCGGCCAUCCUCGCCGAGAGGCGAUCGCGCCACCGCACGAGCCAAAGCACAAAGUCCCUCACCAGCAACCCCCGAUCGCGAAGCUCGCGCGUCAGCAGCAUGCGCGUGUCUGUUGCGAUGGAGGAUGAGGUUCUCUCGCAGCUGUCGCGCGGCAGCAUCGAUGGCCCGGCUCUGCUCCCCGAUCUGGCCGAGCCCGUCGGCAAUCUCACCGCCCUGGAGACCCGCACGCUGGCCCUUCGACUCACCCAGCCUCUGGAGCUCCCGCACCCGGUCCGCGCCAUCAUUGCCCGGUCUGAUCCGUCCUCGGUCGUUGUCGAGGACGUCAUGGACAUGGCUGACGAGCUGUCCGAGAGCUACGCCGGCCCACAGGGCCACGCCGGUCGCAUCGUACUGAUCGGCGAUGCUGCCCACGCCAUCGCCACCAACGCCCAGGGCUCCCUCGGUGCCUCGCUUGCCAUCUCGGACGCCGUCUUUGUUGCCAAGCUCAUUGCCAAACACCUGCUCAAGGACUACUCUGGAUAUCACGACAACCACAACCUCGCGCAGCUGGCCAAGGAGUACGAUCAACACCGGGUGUCGAUGUGCAACUCGAUUGUCCGCGAGGCCAGAGCCGAAGGAGGCUGGGGCCGCACUGGAAACGGCUGGGUCCGCAGUUUGUGGCGAUUCAGCCAGGUGUAUACGCCGCAGGCCUGGAAGGGCCUGAGUUAUGUUCAGAUGCUGACCCGUGGCCGGAUUCCCUCCAAGGCCCUGGACCUGAUGGAUCUCAGCCUUGCCCAUAGAAGUAACUAG